AUGUGCCUUUCUUUGUCCGCCAGCUGCAGCAGCAGCAGCAGCAGCAGCAGCGGCGGCGUACAAAGGGGGACGGCAGCGACACCCACAGAAUUCUUGGCUGCAGCAGCAGCCAGGAGACGCAGAAGGGCUUCA